AUUAAAUUUAUCGAACUUUGAAUACAUGAGAACAACUCCUAAUAGUGUCAAAGAAACUGCUUCAAAAACUUCAACUCAAGAUUAUAAAAAAUAAUAAUCAUAGCCUACUGUUAGCAUACCAGAAUCUAGUUAAUUAUUUCACAUUCCUUAAAAAUACUGUCAUCAACGCUUUAAACCACAACCAACUACAUCUAAAUCUAUUGAGGAAAAGAGAUGCAAAGUCAAUAAAACCAAUCUAUCUGAAUUAAAUAAUCGUACAAAUAGCAGUUCGAAAAGUCGUAUAUCUGGUUUCACAAGCAAUUAAUUAGAAGAUGAUUCUUUGUAUAAUUCCUAGAAUGCACUUAAAUUAAAGAAAAUAAUAGGGGACUCCUAGGUUUAUAACACCAACCUAUUUGUUUCUAAAUCCAACCUAACUUGUGAUUCUUCCAGUCCAGGAGGUAGACAAAAUAAAUCAGCUUAUAAAAAAUCAGCAGACUUCGAUAUCACUCAAUUGAACAUGUUAAGAGAAAAGUCCUUGAUGCAGAAAAAAGUCUAGUCAUCAUAAGCUGGCCAAUAAAAAGAAUUAAUAGAUUCAUUUCUAAAUCUAGAUAAGCAAAUUUAAGGGGCCACAUUGGAAUAACAGAAGAAAUAGCAAUAUUUAAAGCAAAGGGGAUUGUGGGAUCCAUUUAAAGAUCUGUUUAUUAAGCAAUUUGCCAGAACUCCAGUAUAAUUUAAGAGUGUGUUCAAUUAGUUGUAAGUAUAAGUGAGGGAAAUAGAAUAGCAAUGGUCAGAUGUCAUUAUGUAAAUUGCAAACAAUUUAUUUGAACUAUUUUAAAAUUCUGCCAUUCUUAUGGCUUAUGAAUAGGAUUUGAAGUUGAAUGAAAUGAUUGAAUAAAUGAGAAGGGAAAGAGAUAUCUGGCAGAAUAACUUUAAGUCUCUUGAGUAAGAAAGAGAUAUUCUCUUAGAAACUGUUUCUCAAUUAAAAUAAACAUUAGAAAAAGAGAGACCCUCUCCUUUCAAAUAAGAUAGCAAAUAAAAGGAUUUUGAUUCUGCAGAUAUUCCUUAGUUAAAAGAAAUGAUUAACCUAAUGCAGUAAAAAAUUUCAGAAAUGUCUGAAAAAGAAUCAAAAUUAAUUAAGUUAGUAUUAGCCAUUCGUAAGUCAGGAAUAGAUAUAGAAAAGAUAUAUAAUGAGGAGGUUUUGAAUGAAGACUCUUUAUCAGAACAAAAUAAUCAAUCAAAUAGAGAAAGAAAAUCGUUUAUUACCAGAAUUGAAAGAAGUUUCCAUGAUGCUGAUAAUUCAGUUGUUAAUGAUUCAGAUGAAUCUAGUUUUUAAUAUAAUGGAAGACUGGAUGAUGAAAGCAUUAUUGAAAGUAUUAGAAGGUUUGAAAACAGGAACUAAAACAGUGCUUAUGCAACAGAAAGUAAGAGUUCGAUAAAAAUGAAGAUAGAUUUAUCGAAAUGCAGUUAAUAAUAGCAAAAAUUGCAAUAAUUAUAAUAGUUAUAAUAGUAAUAACAAUAAAAAAAAAUUUAACAGUAACUUUAAUAAUAAAAUAUGAAUAAAUUAAAAAUUCCUGAUCAGGAAGGGAUAGGAUUUCAUUAAGAAUUUAUGUUGAAAUUUAAUGAGUUUUCUGAAAGCUGGAGAGUUUAGGUAUUGAAGGAUGAAAAGAGAACUAAAUCUUGA